AUGGAGGAUAUCGCGGUCAUCGGUCUCGGGCUGCGGUUUCCUGGAGAUGCCAGCUCUCCGGAGCGGCUCUGGGACGUUCUCGCAGAGGGCAAAUCGCAGUGGUCCGAGUUCCCCAAAGAACGCCUCAAUAUCGAUGGGUACUUUCACCCCGGAGGCGAUCGGGAAGGAAGCAUUUCCUUUCGCGGCGCACAUUUUCUGAAGGGGGACGUUGCCGCGUUCGAUGCCCCAUUCUUCUCUGUUGCGGCCGAAGAGGCCAAGGCGAUUGAUCCGCAGCAGCGGAUGCUCCUUGAGAUUUCUUACGAGGCCAUUGAAAAUGCGGGACUUCGUAAAGAGGACCUCGAUGGCAGCGACACGGCAGUCUAUGUCGACUAUGAGCAAAUCUGCUUGAGGGACCCCGACUGGUCACCACAAUAUGCCGCGACUGGCAACGGUAUCGCCAUCAUGGCGAACCGAAUUUCUCAUUUCUUCAACUUCCAUGGCCCGAGCAUGACCCUCGACACGGGCUGCAGUGGCAGUCUUGUUUCCGUUCACCUGGCAGCGCAAAGCCUCAGGAGCGGAGAGUCAUCUUUGGCUCUAGCAGCCGGCGCAGGCCUGAUACUGACCCCGGCAACAAUGAUGCCCAUGACGGCGCUCAACUUCCUUAGUCCGGACGGCAAGUGCUUCACGUUUGACGCUCGAGCCAACGGCUACGGACGCGGAGAGGGAGUCGGCGUCGUGGUGAUGAAGAGGCUCUCCGACGCCCUGCGGGACAACGACACCAUCCGCGCCGUCAUCCGCGGCACGUCGGUAAACCAGGACGGCCGAACCCCCGGCAUCACUCUGCCCAGCAAGGAGGCGCAGGUAGCCAACAUCCGCCGCGUCUACGCCAACGCCGGUCUCGACUUCAACCAGACUGCGUACGUCGAAUGCCACGGAACCGGAACCCAGGCCGGCGACUGGCGCGAGCUGAGGGCGAUUUCGGAGACUCUGGCAUCUGGCCGGCCGGUAGACAAGCCGAUAGUCGUCGGGUCCGUCAAGCCAAAUAUCGGCCACCUCGAAGGCGCGGCCGGCGUGGCGGGCAUGAUCAAGGGUGUGCUGGUGCUGGAGCACGGCAAGAUCCCUCCCAACAUCAACUUCCAGAAGGGCAAUCCAGAUAUUGACUUUGAGGCGUGGAAGGUCAAGGUCCCUCAGGCGGUGCUGGAUUGGCCGGUAGCAGGCGUCCGCCGCGUGAGCGUCAACUGCUUCGGAUUCGGCGGCACGAAUGCCCAUGUCAUCAUGGACGAGGCGCCCGUCUACAUGUCUGAGCGCGGUCUUCAGGGCAACCACAGCUCUCUCGUGGCGGCGACAACACAACUUCCCGAGCCGAAGGGCACCGAGGCUGGAUUCUCUGGCGAGCCCUUGCACCUGUUCUGCUACUCAUCGCACGAAAAGAGUGGCGUCUCGAGGGUCAUUGACUCUCACCUCGAGUUUCUCGACGCAGAGGAAGAGCGCUCCACACAGCAAUACCUCCAAGACUACGCCUACACCCUUAAUUGUCGCCGCUCCGGCCUCGAGUGGAAGACGUUUAUCCUCGCCAGCUCCCUGGCGGACCUCGCCUCCAAGUCUCAGUCCCUCGACCCGGCCACCCUAGUCCGUUCCUCGCGCGAAAAGGCCCCAAAAGUUGGCUUUCUUUUUUGCGGCCAGGGAUCACAAUGGGCACAGAUGGGCAAGGGACUCAUGGCACUGGAGCCGUUCCGUGCGAGCAUCGAGCAAGCCAGUCGCUACUUACACGACGCGCUGCUCUCGCCGUUUAACCUCAUCGAAGAACUGCUCCGUCCAGAGGCAGAGUCGGCUAUCGGAGAGCCGCAUAUCUCGCAGCCAGCCACGACGGCGCUGCAAGUUGCCCUCGUGGACCUGAUGGAGACACUGGGCGUAACGCCGACGUGCGUCGUCGGCCACUCCUCCGGUGAGAUUGCCGCCGCGUACGCCAAGGGCGCCAUCUCGAGAGAGGCGGCGUGGGAGGUGGCCUACUAUCGCGGACUGGCGGCGGCGAGCAUUCCCUGGCGCGCACCCAAGCUUAAGGGCAGGAUGGCGGUCGUGGGAAUGUCCAAGGACGAGACUGGAAAAUAUCUCCGGUCGGUGAACAAGUCGGCGCAGAUCGCCUGCAUCAACAGCCCGCGCUCGAUUACGAUUUCCGGGCAGGAGGACGCCAUCGACUUCAUCGACAAGGAUCUUCGUGAGAAGAAGAUCUUCUGCCGUGUGCUGCAGGUCAAGACGGCGUAUCACUCGUCUCACAUGAAGCUCGUGGAGCACGACUACAAGACUCUGCUCGCAAACGUGAGUCCGCGAGAUGGUUGCCCGGAGAUCCGCAUGUUCUCAUCCGUCACGGGCAAUGAGGUCGACGGACGACGCUUGGACGCGACGUACUGGGCCUCCAACUUGGUGUCGCCUGUGCAGUACGUUGCCGCCAUCGAAGCAAUGAUGGCCGCUCCUGAAGAGGAACGACCUGGCGUUCUGGUCGAGCUGAGCCCGCGAGCGGCUCUCCGGUCUCCAACCUCCGAUAUCCUAUCGACCAGUCCGUCCAGCACACAACCUUCGUACUUCUCUGUGCUCGAUCCCCGCAAGAACGCCACCGCAUCUUUCCUGGGGCUCGUCGGUGAGCUUUGGUCUCUAGGAUGCAACGUCGACAUGGAAAAGGUCAUGGCCCUCGUGUCUGGCGGCUCUCGAGCAAAGUGUCUCUCGGACCUGCCUCCUUACCCCUGGAACCACAGCAAGUCGUACUGGCACGAGUCCCACCUCAGUCUGUCCGUCAGGUUCCGGGAGUUUGCUCGCCAGGAUCUCAUCGGCGCGCUGACGGCGGAUUCCACGCCGUUUGAGCCCCGAUGGCGCGGGUUCUUGCGUGUGUCAGAGAACCCUUGGAUUCAAGACCACCAGGUGCAGAAGACCAUCGUCUAUCCGGCCGCGGGCAUGGUCUCCAUGGUUCUCCAGGGGGCAUCGCAGAUUGGCCGCAAUAUUCCCGGAUUGCUCGGUUAUGAGAUCACCGGCAUGGGGAUUGAAAGGGCAAUAAUCGUGCCGAACACGAAGCACGGCGUCGAGGUCAUGCUGGUCAUCAAAUCGCACCGCGAAACGGCUGACGGCUUCAGCCUUGACAAGAACGAGUUUUCCAUUUACUCGAAGCAGCUGGAUCGCGACUGGGAGCGCAACGCCACGGGAUCUCUUCACUUUCGGCAGCGUUCUCCGGGUCGAGAAGCAGCCUUCCGCACCCAGGAGGCACGUCAAAAGACCCUCGAGGAGUCUUGCAAGGAGACGCUGAACCCACGGCAGCUGUACGAAUUCCUCGACACAGUCGGCAUGAACUACGGCCCGCUGUUCCAGAACAUGACGGAGAUUCGCAAAGACAGCAGCGCCGGGGCCUGUGUCAGCACCGUCCGCGUCCCGGACACGCGGUCCAAGAUGCCCGCCAAGUUCGAGUACCCGCACAUCAUCCAUCCGGCGACCCUCGACGCCAUGUUCCAGACCCUGUUCGCUAUCGACUCGUCGCCCAUGGUGCCCACGUCCAUUGCGAGCAUCUUCGUGUCGGCUGAUGCAGGGUCCGCGCCAUCGGACGUGCCGUUCAGGGGUUACGCCGAGGCGAGGCGCAGCGGCAUCCGUGAUGCGGAUGCCACCAUUGUGAUGAGCAGACAGGGGGAGUCACAGGCGCAUGUCAUCAUCGAGGGCCUUCACCUGACGGGUCUGUCCACGCCAUCACCUUCUGAGGGUGGCUUCUUGCCGAAUCAUCGCAACCUGUGCACUGAGAUCCUUUGGGCCGAGGACGCGGCGUUUGCGAAACCCACCUCGUUCUCAGAGUACGUUCGGCUGUUCGCUCACAAGUGUCCUGCCCUCUCAGUGCUGCAGGUCGGCGGAGGCCCCUCCGCCGCAGUGGCAGUCAUCGAGUGCCUGCGCCCGCAGGAGGACGAGACGCCGCGUCUCGCGCGGUUCACGGUCUUGGAAACCGACACGGACACCAGCCACCAAAUACUGGCUCACGUGAAGAGUACGGCGCUGGAACCUUUUGUCGAGGUCAAAGCAAAUGCCACUGAAUUGGUCGCUGACUAUGACCUUAUCAUCGUCCUCGACAUCGCCGCUGCUGAGGGAGAGAUCUUCAAGACAAGGCUUAAGUCCGGAGGCAUGCUGCUACAGCACAACACCGACCUAGACCUCGCGGAAGUGGCCUUCGAAGCUACGUCGGAGCCAAUUCUGUCACUUACAAGCUACAGAAAGGCACAUCCGCCUAUUGAUGGUCAAGAUGUCGUAAUGCUCGUCCCUGAGUGUCUUAACCAAGACGCCGUCAUUUUGGCCAAUACCAUGCAGGGGCUCAUCAAGGAGGCUUGCCCAGCGAUCGAAGUGAGCUCAAUGCCCGUCAACGAGCUAGAUAGAGAGUCAACUUCUCUCAGCGGCAAGGUGGUCAUCUCCCUCCUUGACUUUGCCGGCGCCACCACCUCGGCGGACUGCUCCGUCUUCACCUGGAACGAGUCCGACUUUGACGCCUUCCGCACCUUCCAGCGCACAGCAAAGGGCAUCAUCUGGCUCACCCGCGGAGCGCACAUGACGCCCCUCAAUCCGAAAGGCACGCCCAUCAUCGCCCUCGCCCGCACGCUCAUGUCCGAGGACCCGCUCAAGACCAUUGUCACGCUCGACCUAGACCAAGAUUCGCGCCUCGCCGACCCUGCCGUCGCGCAGGCCGUGCUGCGUGUCCUGCGUCAAACAUUCCAUGUCAAACAUGGUUCCGAACCGCGCGAGACAGAGUACACGGAGAAGGAUGGCAGGCUGUAUAUCCCCAGGCUUGCACCUGUGCGGGCGCUGAACAGGCUCGUGGAGGAUGAGCAUUCGCACGGCGGGUUCUUGCAGCUGCCGUUUAUUCCUGAAGAGGCUGCGGAUGAGCAGCAGCGUCAGAGCUUGAAGCUCACACUUGCGAAGCCGGGUCUUUCGGACGGGUCGUUGUACUACACUGAACUUGAGCAUUCAGAGCUUGGGGCUGACGACGUGGAGGUUUCGUUUGAGAAGGCGUCGUUGACUUACCUCGAUCUCGACACCGUGAUGGGAAGGACAGUCGAGGCAACCAUUGGCAGCGACAUUGUGGGCCACGUCAAGCGUGUUGGCACCGAUGUCACGCACAUCCAACCCGGCGAGCUCGUUGCAGCUCUCGCUCCUGGAGGGACGAUCCAGAGCACCGUUCGCACAAAAGGGCCACUGGUAGCUGCCAACAUCCCCGGCUUCUCCCCGUCCCUCCAUGUCAGCGCGUACUACGCCAUCAUUCACCUGGGCAGGGCCGCGCCGGGACGCAAAGUCCUCAUCCACGCGGGCGCGAGCGCGUACGGACUGGCCGCCGUGCAGAUGGCCACCUCGGUCGGUGCCGACGUGUACGCCACGGUGCUAGGCGCGGAUAUGCCACUGCAGCGCGAGGUUCUUGUCGCUCAUGGCUUGUCCAACGAGCGAGUAUUUGACGCGGAUUCGGACGGCUUCGUCCCUGGCGUACUGGCGGCAACCAGCGGCAAGGGCUUUGACAUUGUGUAUAAUCCGACGCAGGAGCACGUCGAGGCGAGCUUCAAGUGCGUCCGCAAGUGCGGAACAAUUGUCCAGUUUGGCAGCAGGUCGGCCGCAACACGACCACUGCCAGCGCCCGGCGGCUCUGCGACUGUCGUGAGCUUCGAUAUCGGCCAACUGAUGCGCGAGGACGAGGAAUUUGUCGCGGAGCUAUUCGAAAGCUCGAGGCGGCACGUCCAGAGCGACAACUUUGGUGCAACAAGACGAUACGGCCGGGAACAUGUGUUUGCAGUCGGCGAGCUACAGGCUGCUCUUGAGAAGGUCCAGGCAACUCCAUACCUUGGCCGCGUCGUGCUUUCAACAGAUGCUCCGGGAAGCAAUCUAGUCCCAGUCAUGAACACCAACCCGACCAAGCCCCUCUCAGCAUGCCUCGAUCCGAACCGCACAUAUCUCCUCGCUGGUGGUCUCGGCGGUCUAGGACGCAGCAUCUCGGAGCUCCUCGUCGCCAAUGGUGCCCGCCAUCUCGCCUAUCUCUCGCGCGGAGGCUCCUCUUCAGCGACGGCGAGCGAGUAUCUUGCCACCCUCCACGCACAAGGCGUCGACGCACGUGCGUACAGCGUCGACAUAUGCGAUGCAGAUGCCCUCAUGUCGACGCUCGGCGAGCGACUAGCCACUGAGAUGCCUCCCCUCGGCGGUGUCUUCCAGUGCGCGGCUGUACUGCGCGACGCCGUCUUCGACAACAUGACGUGGGCGGAUUGGGACACAGCCAUCAAGCCCAAGACACUCGGCUCGUGGAAUCUUGUCCAAGCUGUUGAUGCAAUGCCCCGAGCUAAAGAGAACGGGACGCAGGGCAAUGGCGGCGCCUCGGGCCCCUUCUUCAUCUUCCUGGCCAGCUCGGCGGGCGUCAUCGGCAACCGCGGACAGGCCAACUACGCCGCCGGCAACGCCUUCAAGGACGCGCUGGCGCGCAACCUGCGCCUCAACCGUCGCCACGCCGUCGCGCUCGAUCUCGGACCCGUGCUGGGUGCCGGGAUGCUCGCCGAGGACGAGGCAGUGUUGGACAUCCUCCGCGCGAGCGGCUUCUACGGCAUCCGCCAUGGGGACUUCCUUAAGCUCGUCACUCACGCCAUUACCAUGGAUACGGGCGUUCCGGGCGAGCCCACCCCGCCUCAAGUCACCCUCGGCGUCGGCACCGGCGGCAUCAUCCGCCAGAACCAGCCCGCGGACCCGUAUUGGUCGCGCACCGCGCUGUACCGUUACCUGAACCUCGUGGAUGUACCCGCCCCCGACUUGUCGCAGUCGGGCGCCGCCGGUUCCUCGUCUUCUAGUGACCUCAAAGCGCUGCUCGCGUGCUGCGAGAGCGUGAGCGCGGCUGCGGAGGUUGUGCAGCGCGGGCUCAUGGGCAUGCUCGCCAAGGCGAUGAACAUGCUGCCCGAGGAGGUCGAUGCCGGGAAGCCUCCCAACGCGUACGGGGUAGACUCUCUCGUGGCUGUGGGAGUGCGCAACUUUGUCAUCAGCAGCUUUGGCGUGCAGGUGUCUGUGUUUGAGAUCCUCAGCGACCGUACCAUUGCGGAGUUGUCGUUGAUGGUUGCGCAAAAGGGGGGUUAUGGGGCUGCGUAG